UUUAUAUAAACCCUCAACUCAUUUCCAUUAAUUCUCAAAACCCUCAUUUUCUCUCUCUUCAAUCUCCAUUUUUCUCUCUCCUCUGAACUUUCUUCGUCUCCAUUAACAAUGGCGAAAGGACCUGGACUAUACAGCGACAUUGGAAAGCGAGCUCGAGAUCUUCUUUACAAAGAUUAUCAUUCCGAUCAGAAGUUCAGCAUCACUACUAUCUCUCCUACUGGUGUUGCUAUUACUUCAAGUGGAACAAAGAAAGGUGAACUGUUUUUUGGUGAUGUGAGUACUCAGGUGAAAAACAACAAUGUCACAGCUGAUAUCAAAGUGGACACCGGCUCUAACUUGUUGACUACCAUCACUGUCAAUGAGGCUACACCUGGAUUGAAGACAAUCCUGAGCUUCAGAGUCCCUGAUCAGAGAUCUGGCAAGAUUGAGCUUCAAUACUUGCAUGAAUAUGUGGGGAUAUGCACCAGUGUUGGUUUGACUGCGAAUCCGAUUGUGAAUUUCUCUGGUGUGAUUGGGACAAAUACACUAGCCUUGGGUUCCGAUGUUUCAUUUGAUACCAAAACCGGAAAUUUUACCAAAUGCAAUGCAGGAGUGAGCUUCACCAAUGCAGAUCUGAUUGCUGCAGUUACCUUGAAUGAUAAGGGUGACAGUCUAAAUGCAUCCUACUACCACUAUGUUACCCCCCUAACCAAUACAGCUGUUGGUGCUGAGGUGACUCGCAGCCUCUCAACCAAUGAAAACACACUUACCCUUGGUGCCCAACAUGCUAUAGACCCAUUAACAAGUUUUAAGACACGCUUCAACAACUCUUGCAAGGCUAGUGUUCUUGUCCAGCAUGAGUGGCGUCCAAAGUCAACAAUCUCCAUCUCUGCUGAGGUUGACACCAAAGCCAUUGAGAAAAGCGCAAAGGUUGGAUUGGCAUUGGCUCUUAAACCAUGAGCUUGUUAUACUUACCAAUGUUCUGUGUUCUUAGCGGUGUUGACAUUAUUUCAGGCGGAUUAGGUGAUUUUGGUCUGUAAAAAAUAAUAUAAAAUUCACAAACUCGUGUCUUCACUUGUCAGUUUUCCUUGGUUUUGUUCAUUUCCCGUCCAUUGAGUUGGUGGGUGACAGUUUUUUUUGAAUAUUAGAAGACAGAAUACUCGAAUCAGAUUUUGAUCGCUGGCUGUUUCAAUCAAGAAUGCUGUUUCAUCUC